GCACUGUUGACAGCGGGAUUGGGAAGGACCCAUAAGGAAGCUUGAGUCACAACUUCAUCUUCAAGAAUCCCAUCCCCUUCCCUAGAAUUGGAGAGACCAUGGGAAAAGCCAAGAAAGAGGAGGAGGCUGUGUUCUUGAGGAAAAAGAUCACUCUGCUGAGAGCUUUUUCACUCCUUAUUGGCAGCAUGGUGGGCAGUGGCAUCUUUAUCUCCCCAAAAGGGGUGUUGAGAAACUCUGGCAAUGUGGGUCUCUCCUUGAUCAUCUGGCUUGCCUGCGGGAUUCUCUCUCUGUUUGGUGCCUUGUGUUAUGCAGAACUUGGAACAAGAAUCACCAAGUCUGGAGGACAUUAUAUCUAUAUUCUGGAGACUCUGGGACCUUUGCCAAGUUUCUUAUUUCUUUGGGCUGAGUACUUUGCUAUCAGGCCAGCGAACAGUGCAGUGGUUUCUUUGGCAUUUGGACGCUAUAUAUUGGAGCCAUUUUUUGCCCCCUGUGUAGCUCCUCUUCCUGCUGUGAAGCUUGUGGCUCUUCUGGGGUACUAUAUAGUCCUUAUCCUGAACUCUUGGAGUGUCAGCUGGAGUGCCCAGCUUCAGACUUUCCUGUCUGUCAUCAAGCUUGCGGCUCUCACACUCAUCAUUGUGCCAGGGAUGAUGCUUCUGGCUCAAGGCCACACUGAAAAUUUCCAGGAUGCUUUCAACAGUCAGUCACUGGCUUUGGACAAGCUGCCCUUGGCUUUUUAUGCAGGGAUGUUUGCGUAUUCAGGCUGGUUUCAGGCUAGCUUUGUGCGGGAAGAACUUGUCCGACCAGAACGGUAAGAUUAGGGGGAUAUCCUGUCAGAGCAGCUACUGGUGAUGCACUUAUUUCAUAAUAAGC